CGACCGUGAACGCAGCAGCAGCCGUUUCCAGAGAGGCAACAGUGGGACGAAGAGGCGCUGCGGGUUUCACAAAAUGGUCCAGUGAGCUUGGAAGAUGCCAGUUAUGAAUCAAAGUAAUCCAAGUCUGUGGACACAGCUCCCCCAGAGUAGUCGGUCUCCAUGUGACCGCUACAAGCAUGUAUGCUGCAGUUACGAUGGAUAUGUCUAUAUCCUGGGAGGCAGAGAGAGCAGAUGUCUCAGGGACUUCUGGAAGUACAGCGUGGUGUAUAACGAAUGGACAGAGUUGAACUGUACCAGUGAAGCUGCACCAGAAGAGCUAGAGGAACAUUCUAUGGUGGCUCAUGAGGGUUUCCUAUAUGUGUUUGGAGGCCUGUUGGAUUCUGCAUACACUAAGUGUAGAUGUGCUCUCUGGGUAUUUGACAUUGCAAAACAGAAGUGGGUGCACUGCCAGGGAAAGACCAGCGGUUCUCAGACCCAAAUGCCUACCAACAGAAAAGGACACAGUGCUGUGGUGAUUGGCUCUGCUAUGCUGAUGUAUGGAGGUUUCAUAGACAUGAAAGGAUCCUCACAGGACUUUUGGAGGUUGGAUUUUGAUACCAUGGCUUGGUCCCUGCUGAGUGGUUCUGAGCAGGACUCGUUAGGGCCAGGACCUAGACACAGUCACUCGGCCAUUGCCUGUCUGGGCUGCAUGUACCUGUUUGGGGGCUUAAAAGGCUUGCGGGAGCAGAGAGACUUCUGGAGGUGGAAUUCCACCAGCCAGACAUGGAGUUCCCUCAAAAACAGGUCCGGUCCUCCCAGACUGAUAGGCCACUCAGCUGUGGCCUAUAAGGACAGUAUGCUUCUUUUUGGGGGAGGCGAGACCCAAAACUCUCCAAAGAAUUGCCUGUGGCGAUACAGCUUCACUAGUCAGACCUGGAGUCAGGUUGCCACAUUCCCAGGCUCCAACCCUCCAGACAAGAUUCACCACUGCUGUGUUGGGCUCGGUCCCAGCUACAAGUCUACCACCAGCAGCCCCUGCUCCAGCUCCAGACUGCAGCCCAGUUCUCCAAAUUGGAAGCACAGGCCCUUUAAGAACAAAUGUUUCCCUGCCCCACUCAGUUUUCUGGGGUCAGAGGCUGCUAUAGAGCUGGAGACGUUCAGUCCAGACAAGUGCUACCACAGCAAAACACUCAAAAAUUCUUCUGAAGUGAACAUAAGUAAAGACGUUUUGAUGGGAAAAGAUGCACAGUGGAUAGGAAGCUGUUUGACCUUUGAGAACAAAGCUUUCCAGAAACAGUGGAGCUGCACUGAGGAGGACCUGCUUCAGGAAGAGAAUGAAGAUAUUGCCCAUCAUCUGCCCGAUCUGCUACUGGUUCUGGGGGGAAGACCUUGCACCAGACACAGUCCUAUCUCCAUAUGGCAAAUGACCCUAACUGACUCAUAACAGCCUAUGAUGAACAAACUUGGUCUCUAAAAGAGAAGCAUAAAAACAGUGUUAUCACUUUAACUGUAACAAAUCCUAUGUUUAAAUGUUUACUCACUUUCUAUGUAUGAAAAUAUAGCUUGACAUAUUUUUAUAACUAACUAAAAUGCUGCAUUAACACAAGCAAUAAAAUUUUGAGUUAACAAUUAUCUGUGUAUCUGUUAGCACACUGGAGUUAUUAUACAAUGUCCUUAGAAUAGUGUGCUGAAUGUGUUCUGCCAUUUAUGCGUACAGAAAUGUACAAAGGAAAUGGUAAAAACAACAUGUUCAGUUCCUAUGUAUUGCCUCGUAUUGAAAGUCUUUGCCAUACUUUAACCCCACAAGCUUCCAGAUUGACAGCAGUUUUAGAGGUGGUAAUAAUGCCUACAGUAUAUCCUAAAUCACAUAUGAGGGUGUCAGGGCCUAACAUUUUGUCUGAUGGUCCUGAAAAGGCCAGGCUCAGCCAUUGGCAUGCCCAGUGCAAGGUAUUACCCCACGACUAGCAACUACUCAGCAUUCUAAAGUAUAUUGCUUGUUUUCAGGUAUAUUUCUGAACAAAAAUUGACUUGAACUGCGAAAAAUUUAUGGGAACAAAGAGGCUUUGAAGAUUUCACUUCCAACUUUCCCUUUUUUGAUGGAAAUUUUAAAAAUAUAUACCAAUGCUUGAUUUUCACAUGAAGUUAGUUUUGAAAAAGGCUUACAUUAUCAGAAUAUUAAUACUUAAAGAAAACUGAUAGACCACAUGGAACACAUCUAAACUCCCUUUGAUAUGGCUGACAACUAAUCAGUGUCAACAAGCAUUGGGUCUCAGGAAAAGCAGUGGUUUUAUCAUAUUUACCUCAAGGAUUGGCACUUAAUGUAGUAUGUAUAAUGCUGUGACUUGCACUUUAAUAUUCUGGAUUGUGCUGCUUUAUCUGAGUAGAUUAGCAUAAUGUCCCCCAGUAAUCCAUAUUUACCUCACAAUUGCUGGAUGGCUAAAUAUAUGCAUUACUGCAUUAAAACUCAGAUGGAUGCAGGGCAGGCAGACAGUUGUAAAUUUUGGGCUGCCUGUGGAUGUCAGCACAGAACUCCAUUGGGACCCUUGUGGACAUGGACAGAAUUUACAUCAACUGGACCUUUACAGGAUAUGAAGGACUUGCCAGUUCAAAAGUUAUUCUUGAUAACCCUUAACCCCUUGGCUCCCUUUAUUCCAAUUUCCACUUGGCAAAACUCUCCCAACUCUAUUUCAGUCAGUAGCAGCUCUGUAGCUGCAAAGCCAUAAUGAACAGCCUUAGGCUCUAAUGAUAAAAGACACUUGGGUGAAUUUUGAAAUACUGUAUAGAGAAAGGUGACAGAUUAAAAGAAAAUCCAGGGGGCUGUACACCGAAGCAAGUUCAGCAUUGCCAGGCUUUCUUUGUGGAAGUCUGCUGGACAAAACUUAAAACCUCAGUCAGAGUUAACAGGUAUCAAUGAAAGUGGUUUUCAACUUGCUGUGUCAACUCAGACUUUCUGCUUCAAACUCAUCCACACAAAAGGGGACAUUGAACACGUGAAUAUUCUUGUGCACAAAAUGAAUGGUGUGCAGCUGCUUCAGUCAGCAGGUUGUUUUAAGGGAGAACAACAAGGAAUAUAAAAUAUAUGACAGUAAAAUGCUGCUACUGCAAAUGAUGCAGGACAGGAAUGCUGGUAGAAUCCUGUUAAAUGUGUGUAAUGUGUUUAUUUUACUGAUCAAUGUAGCUGAUCAUUGAUAACUGACAGGUGCACAAUAAAACUAUUAAACUUUCAAUUUUGUAUAUUUAAACAUGA